UUGUUUAAAAAAAUGCCUCCACGUCGGCGUCGUAAUGGAAGACUCUCGUUGGGUUCACAAGGGAGCACCGAAUCAAUCAACGAGAACAGUAUCACAAUGAACCAGGACGCCCUAACGGCGGUGUUGACCACCUUGCAACAGACUCAGAACGAGUUUUGUCAGCAAUUGCUUCGCGAGGUGAGGUCCUCGACUCCAUCACAGGCCGACGCCACGGCUGCUGCCAUCGCUGCGGCUGCUACGUUCGCUGCAGCUAAUGGUAACUUUGCACAAUGUACGGCGCGUUACAGCGGCAACAAAGAGGAGCACCUGGAAAGCUUCGUGGAUGCCGUAGAAAGUUACAAGUCGUGCAUGCAUAUUACGGACGAAAAUGCUGUUCGCGGUCUGUCGCUACUGCUUACCAAGGAUGCAGGAGUUUGGUGGCAAGGUGUAAAAUCACAAGUAAGGACGUGGGAAGAUGCGCUCGACAAGCUGCGAAGUGCUUUCGGCGAGCGACGCCCUCCUUUUGUAAUAUACACAGAGCUUUUCUCUUUGGUUCAAGGUGAACAAAAUACGGAGAUUUUUGUUUCGAAAGCCAGAGCAUUGUUAGCUAAACUGCCACCAGAAGACCUUAGCGAGCGAGUCCAAAUAGAUAUGGUAUUCGGGCUCUUAGAUCGCCGCAUAAGAAAAAGAUUAAAAAGAGAAAACAUAGAUACGUUUGAUACAUUGUUGAAACAUUGUCAAAGUAUUGAAGAUUCACGCAAAGAGAAUCAUGUACCCGUUGCGGCAAAGAAGUCGAACGACCGUGAAAAUUCUACAGCAGCGAGCGUUUCGCCGAAUCGCGCAAGGUCGCGCGCCACCGGUACGGGCGGCGUUGCUAAGCAACGCGUUGCGGCCGCCGAAGGUACCUACGCUUCAACGUCGCGUGCGCCGUCGUCUUCCGAUCAGGCUGACGUCAAACCUCGCCGUUUGUAUUGCGUUUACUGUCGUCGCGGCGGGCACAGUAAAGACAAUUGUGAAAGGUUAAAUAAAAGUGAAGAUAGUGAUAAGACUGAUAAGUGCGUAGAAAAUAAGGUCGUUGAAAAAGUGAAGUGUUACGGUUGCGGUGCCCCUAAUGUUAUUCGGUCCAAGUGUCCUAACUGUAACUCUAAAUCGGGGCUGUCGUUUUAUUCGCUCGACGUAGUAUCCUGUCACGUCGACGACGCCGCUAGCCCGCGCGAGGGCGGGUUGAACGGACACGACUCGUUGCAACAUGCAUCACCACCGCCGCCCGACGCCGCGAAGGCGCGUGCUCGGCACGGUGAAACUCCCGCCGUACGGCUCGGCGAAAGUCCUGCGCGCGCUCACGAGUGUUCGCGAGAGCGCGAUACUUACGCCGCCCGUCGCGGAGCAGCGGCGCGCACCGCGCGCACGUUAAGCGAUGCGCCGGUGCCAGGGACAAGCGCCGGCGCCGCGCCGAGCGCUAACCCUUCGCCCGCGCACUGUGGAGGAGGUAACCCUACGCCUGCCGUGGGUGAUUUUAGUUAUGUACAAACAUUGUUUUGUAAUAAUGAAAAUCAAGCUCUGUCUUGUAAUAAUGAUAAUCAAACUUUAUUUUGUGUCCAUGAAAGUCAAGUUUGUGUUGAUAAAAUCAAUGUUUGUCAGGUAAAUGUCAAGGCUUCUCCCCGCCCUAUUAUGAUUAUAAAUGUUCUCGGGGCGAGUGGUUCUGCACUUGUUGAUCCUGCGGCUAAGGCUAGUGUCGCCGGUCACACGUUAUAUGCUUUCCUGCGAAGUAAAGGACACCCGUUAGUGUCGUCAACAAUGAGUGUUAGGUUGGCAGACGGUGUUAGUAGGAAUAUGACUGUACUCAUCGCAGAGGUGGAGGUGACACUGAAACACAAGACAAGAAAAACUAGUUUUGUGAUUUUUCCUGAUGCCGUCGGUAACGAAUCUCUCUUAGGAAUAGACUUCCUUAAGGAUUUUGAUUUAAUUGUGGAUUUUCGCGACGAUCUCUGGUAUUUCGCUGAAAAUAGUAAACAAAAGUAUGAGUUACAGUUUGAAAGCGUGUCACCUCCCGCUCUGUGUGUUGCUGCUUUAGAGGUGCUUCGGGAGGACGAAGCCACGUUGCUCGACGCGCAACAACGCGAGUUGCUUUCCCAGUUGCUCACGGAGAACAGGGACCUGUUUGAGCCAGGGGGAGGGCCAACUCCUUUUGCUGAGCACAGGAUCGACACGGGCGACCAUGCGCCUAUCGCGGUGCCGCCUUAUCGUGUCACGCCUGCUAAGAAGGAGGUAAUGCGAGCGGAAAUAGAGAAGAUGCUGGCAGACGAUAUAAUAGAGGAAUGCGAGUCCCCAUGGGGCUCCCCAGCACUCUUGGUCCCCAAGGCUAAUGGCAAGUCUCGUCAGCCAGGUGAUGUAUUUGACGUCGGGGACAAUGUCCUCAUUAAGUCGCACGUUCUUAGCAAUGCGUCAAAGAACGUCUCUGCCAAGUUUGUACCAAAAAGAGAUGGCCCUUACCUGGUCGUUAAGAAGGUUAGUCCGACAACUUACCUGGUCGCUGAUCCUGGCUCACCCGGUGAGAUUCUGGGCAAGUAUCACUCCUCUCAGCUCGUUCGAUUUAAUAGUAGAGAUGAUGUGCUUCCUUCUCCCGUAGUGCCAAAACGAAAUAGAGGUCGUCCACGUAACCGAGACCAGAGUGUUGUGCGAGUCCAUGGACGUGGGCGUCUUCAUGAACUCGAGGGGGAGUCUAUAGCGUGUGACAGGGACAGCACGCCCACGCGUGCGUUAGAAAGGGAUAUCACGCCUUGUGAGCGUCUUCCCAAGAGAACCAAUCGCGGUCGACUCCCGGCUCGCUUCUUGACAGAUUAA